AUGUCGAAACUCUCCAAAUACCUGCUGGUGUCGCUGCCCACGUCGAUAGCGCCGUCCAACGACCGUGAAGAGGCCCUCACCGCGCUGCGCUCCACCGUCUCCAACGACGUCGGCACCACCUAUCCCUUCAGCCUGCCCAACUUCAAGAUCGGCACCCUCGAUGCCCUCGUGCAGCAGGCCGACGACCUCGCCAAGCUCAACUCGGCCUGCGAGCAGGUUGUGAACAAGGUUGGAGACUCGUUGCGCGGCAUCCUCGACGGCGACGAGGAGAAGAUCGCCCAGCAGAAGACCAUCAACGACAAGCCGGUCGAGCAGUACCUGCGCUCCUUCCAGUGGAAUAAGGUCAAGUACCGCGCCGACAAGCCCAUCGCCGACCUCAUAGACUCGCUGCAGAAGGAACUUGCCGGGAUCGACAACGACGUCAAGGGCAAAUUCAACCAGUACAACCAGGUGAAGACGAACCUGGCCGCCAGCCAAAGACGGCAGACCGGUAACCUCGCCACCAAGUCUCUUGCCUCGAUUGUCCCACCGGAGGCCCUCGUCCAAGAGUCAGAGUACCUCGAGACACACCUCAUCGCUGUCCCCAACACCUCGGUGAAGGAUUUCCUGAAGAGCUACGAGACUCUGGCGCCUAUGGUCGUCCCUCGGUCCGCCACUCAGGUCGCCAAGGACGACGAGUUCUCCCUGUUCGCCGUCGCCUCCUUCAAGAAGCACUCGGCCGAGUUUGUGCACAAAUGCCGCGAGAAGCGUUGGACUCCGCGUGAUUUCAAGUACAAGGAGGGCUCCAAGGAGGAGGAGGCGCGCGAGGUCGACCGUCUGGAGAAGGAGGAGCGCAAGGUUUGGGGCGAGGCUCUGCGCCUUGGUCGCACCGGUUACUCGGAGAGUGCCAUGAUUUGGAUCCACGUGCUCGCUCUCCGCGUCUUCGUCGAGACGGUCCUGCGCUACGGCCUGCCUCUGGAGUUUGUGUGUGGAUUAGUGCAGACCAACGAGAAGCUCGCCAAGAAGGCAAAGACAAAUCUGGAUGCGAACUACUCAUACCUGGGCGGCAACGCGUUUGGCAGGGACAAGCAAGGCCGUGUCAAGAAGGAUGACUCGGCCGUCAACGCCGAGCUGCAGGCAGCGGGCCAUGGCGAUUCCGAGUACACGCCCUACGUUUACUACGAAUUCGAGAUCCAAUAG